AUGGCAAAAGGAUUAACAAAGAAACCAACCAAAAAAAAUAAAUCAUUACCAGCAACUACAUCUCACGAAACACCAAAACCUUCAGUUGGAUUUUUUAGUAGAUUAAGCGCCAACAAAACAUUAGGAAAUAUUAUUGUUAGUUCAGCAAAUUUGGUUUGUUUCACAACUAGAAAAAUUUUAAAUAUGACAUGGGUUACAGUUACAUUUGCAGCACUUUUCCUUACUCCAGCUUAUAAAUGUUUAUCAGCUGAUUUAGAAGAAACUGAAAAAGGUACCGAUAAUCCAGAUGAUGCUUUACCAGAAGGAAUGUUGGAUUAA